CCGCUUUUGAAAUUUCGCGCGUCUCUUUACUCUCUUCUUAGAGUGGGGCACCUGCCACCGGUCCCCAAACCGGUCGGUGCAACCCAUCCCAAGCUCUUUUUGAUUGGGAGAGGAGUGAGUGAAUGUUAACACAGUUCGCUUCGCGUUGUUGGACGAAGUGCACGUCCAAUUUUUUCAAUUGCCAAAUGGAAAACUGCUGGCAGGAUCACAGUGUGCUAAACUAAUUUAUUAAAUUGAGCAAAAAUUAGCGGAUAUUUAGCAAGUGUGCUUGGCAAACGACGUAAUAAGACAACUGAUUUCUCGACGUGGGGGCGUUUGUAUAAUGCUUUCUUUGAAAUUGUUUGAUUGCCAGUUGUUUAUGUAAAAGAUGCACGUACACGAAACCGAAACACAUAAAGAUAUACCAGAUAAUGACCAUGUUGAAGAUGCCCAAGCUUCGGCUUAUUUGGACAACCUAUUGAAGAACGGCAGCCAAGAGGGCGACAGUGGAGCUGAGUUGGAGCUACCGCCAUGGUACGAUGAGCAGCUGUUCAAGCGAGGCCAGCAGUACUUCAGCAAGUAUCGGUUUGUGAUGACCUCGGGCAUGUUGGCCGGCUUAAUUGCAGUUCUUGCCAUACCCUCGAUUCUGCGAGUUCUAAUGUGCACGAAGCAAUCGUCCACUUGCUUUACGGCUUAUCGCCGCUAUGUCCGCACUAUCAUGCACACUCAGACAUGGCAUUUCUCCCCGAUUGAGGACAGGGGCAGCAAGUUCUGGACGAGUAUGGCAACUGUUCGAAGGGCUCAUUCGCGUUCCAGUAAAUUGAGUUCACGCUGUGGAGCUGGUGUCAUAUCACAGAAGGAUUUGGCUUUGACCCAGUUUGGUUUCAUUGGCUUCAUAACAUUGGGCGCACAUCGCAUACAAUUGUACGAUCAGGAUUUUCUGGAGGCUACUACGCAUGUUUGGCGAGUAUUGGGAUAUUUGCUGGGCAUCAAAGAUGAAUAUAAUAUUUGCGGUGGGAAUUGGGAGGAAUCGAGAAAGCGUUUGGAUAUCGUGAUGCGCAAAGUCUAUACGCCUGCAUUAUCAAACACGAAUGAGGAAUUUUAUCGCAUGACCGAAGCACUUAUUAACGGUCUGUGGCACAUUAAUACAAUGUUUUCGGUUGGUGCGAAUAUAUAUUUUACGAAGCGCUUGGCUUACGUUAAGGGCUACGAGUAUUACAGUUUUGAUUAUCGUGCCGAUGAAAAACCAGAUCCACAGCAAAAGUCAUACUAUUACGACCUUAAUUUAUGGGAUCGUUUCAUCGUAAGUUACGGGUUAUUCAUUGUAACGUUUUUACACAAAUACGACCUUAUUCGCUGCUACUUCAAUUUUCGAGUGUGGCUAGUUGAUUUUUUUAUGCAUUACUUGCCUUUUUUUGCCAUUUGGAACUUUGGCAUCAAAUCGGCCUAUGUACGGAUCUUUAGGUCGGAAGGAAAUGCGCUUGAAAUUGAAGUGAAUUCUAAGGAAGAGUAGAUUAAUUGGAGUUUUCUUGGAGAAAUGUGGUAUAUUUAAAAUUAUGCGAUAUUGCCCCAUUUUUGCCCCUAUAAUUAUUUUCAGCAGUGCCCAUUGCCCAAAGUUUUGAACACGGGAGCGUCAAUUGAAUCUUAAAGACAAUUAGUUUAGUAAGUGUUUUUAUAUAUAUUCUUAAUUAAGUAAUGUUGGUGAAAUUCCUUUAAUUUAAUAGACUGUUUUAUCAUUGUAUACAUGACAGUUAUAAGUAAUU